CCGGAGUUUCCAGUCAUUGAUUUAUUUCUGGAGCAGUGGUGUGAUUGGGGGAGAGAUAGGUUCUUUUGGCAGGGCGGGUAUGGUGGGUCGGGUGAUGCGGGCUCGUGGGUGAGCGCGGGAUUAUUUGCUGGGCGUGGAACAGAGUGCCGCGCUGUGCUGCGACUGCCGGUGUAGCGAGUUGGUGGCGGGAGUGAGAAGCAGCGGCGGGUUCCGUACGGACCGGAGCCCGCACCAUGCUGCAGAGCCAGGCCGGAGUUAACGACAGCGUCUCGACCGUGGGCAACCUGCAGCAGGCGCCUCCGCCGCCACCACCACCCGCAGCGCCCCCGCCACCGGGUAGCGUCCGCAACCGGGAACGGGAGCCUCCCCUCAGCUCCGCCUACAGUGGCUCGGAGGGCAGCAGCGACGACGAGGAUGACCUGGUGGUGCCCCCGGCCCCGGUUGACAGGCGCGGGGUGAAGCGUCGGGUGUCGGACAUGGAGGCAGCGGUCGGCUUGACCGGACACGACCCGAGCCUGGACUGCGGUGGCGGCCCGGGUCUGGCAGCGGGCAGCGGCGGUGGGGCUUACGGGGUGGUUGCAGCGGGAGGCCCGGCAGCUGCAGCGGCCGGGCUGAAACCGGGCAAGAAAACGCGAGGCAGAGUGAAGAUCAAAAUGGAAUUCAUCGACAACAAGUUGAGGAGAUACACGACUUUCAGCAAGAGGAAGACGGGCAUCAUGAAGAAGGCAUAUGAGCUUUCCACGCUGACGGGCACGCAGGUGCUUCUCCUGGUGGCGAGUGAGACCGGGCACGUGUACACCUUUGCCACCCAGAAACUGCAGCCGAUGAUCACCAGUGAGACGGGCAAGGCACUGAUUCAGACGUGUCUGAACUCCCCAGACUCCCCGCCGCGUUCUGACCCCACUACGGAUCAGCGGAUGAGUGCCACAGGUUUCGAGGAAACUGAUCUCACCUAUCAGGUAUCGGAGACCGACAGCAGUGGAGAAAACAAGGACAGUCUGAAGCCAACCACCUUCACUGUGACCAAUGUUCCCGGGUCAAAGGGGGUCAACCAGUUGGCCUCCAACACCUCCACCAACCUGCAGGUUAGCACUGGCCACAGCUUCCCCAUCACCAAUUAUCUGGCUCCAGUUACUGCCAUCACCAACAGCAACGGCACUGUCUUCAAACCUGCCGUCACCGGCACCUCUGGCAGCAUGGUGCAGAUUCCCAGCGGGUUCACUCUCAUGUCAGGCACAUCACUGCCAGGGACGCCCUCCAUCCCGAUUGGUCAGUUGCAGCAACAUUCACUGACCAUCCAGGGUCAGCAGGGUCAGAUGAUGAGCGGGCAGUCGCAGCCAGGACAGCAGACGGUCUUUCGCUUCCCAGCGUCCGCAAGCGGUCAGAUUGUCUCCAUUGCAGGAGGUGCCGUGGCCCAGCAGGUCCCCUUGCAGACGAUCCAGCUGCACCAGUCGCCGGCUCAGGUCAGCGUGCAUCAGUCAACGCAGCACACAGCCACCAUCAGUGACAGCAACUCCGAGAUCUCUCAGGCCUCAACUAGCGGGACAAUGACGCUGCCAGCAACAAUCGUCACUUCGUCUGCACCCACUUCAAUGGCCAGUCAUGUGAUGUACCCGAGUCCCCACGGCACAGUUAUGUACACUUCCAGCCCCAGCCUGUCAGACGGACUUGCUGUUCUCAAUGCCUUUUCGCAGCCGUCUUCGGGGAUGCAAGUAUCGCACAGCCAGAUGCAGGAGCAGGGUGGUGUACCUCAGGUUGUGCUGACUGCUCCCACGGGCACUGUCCAAAUCCCACUGUCAGCUGUCCAGCUUCACCAGAUGACAGUGAUUGGCCAACAAUCCAGCACUGGUAGUCUGACAGAGCUUCAGGUGAGCAGCCUGGAGACCACACACAACAACAAGCUGGCCCAGAAUGACUGACGACUGCUGGCAAGGACCCAAGAGGAGCACCAUCUAUUUAAACUAGAAACUGCCUGCUAUAUUUAUUUAUUUUUGCUUCCCUCAGCCCUGCUUUAUUCAGAAAGGAUGAAUGGAGCUUUUUUCUAAAUCAAUGUGAAAUUAUUGACUGCCUGAGGUUUAUCUUUUUCAUAAUUGAAAGCGAUUUGCACGCUGUGGACCCACAUCAGGCUUCAGCCAAAGAUUCACACUAUUGUGAAGGCCGUGUAAAUACAACCUCACUCCUCUCCCUGCUCCUUGGAGGGACAAAGUCUUCUGACGAACUUUGUUGCAAAUGUGUUUAGUUUUGUGGCAACUCAGCUUUUAGCUACAGAUUUUGAAUGUGGCUGGGUGGGGACUGUGUCCAGGCCUGGAUCUGUCUGGUUCUCUUGGAUUUUUGGUGCCUGCCCUCCGGGCUACAAUUUAACUUUGCAGACUAUGGGCACUAAAGUUUCCACAAUUCUCCAACAAUUAUUUUGUUGUUAUAUUUGUACUGAAAAUAAAAUUGUUGGAGGGAUCUAUGUGUGUGUAUAAUAUAUGUAUGUUUCUGUGUAUUUUAUAUAUGUAUAUAUGAAAUACACACAUAUAAUAUACACAUAUGCACACGUGUGCUCAUGUAUACAUACCCACACACACAGAAGUAUUUAGAAUAUGCUUUUAAUUGAGAUUAUGUGAAUUUUGAUUGGUAAUCUGUAUUAAAUUGGUUGACCUAUUGGAGUGGCCAUUUGGUGGGGGGACAGACGGGAAACAGAGUCAAUGGUCUCAUCCUUGUGGUAGAGGUGUGUAAAUAAGGCACUUACUGCUGCAGGUGGUUUCCAAUGACUGAAACCCAGCUGGAAGAAGCAGCCAAGCACACAGUACAGCAGCAAUGAUCAGAUUGGCUGCACAUUCCCAUUGCUAGAUCGGGGCAGGAUCCAAAUUGGAUGCAAGCCUUCCCAUCUCCCCCACACCCAACAACAGUCAGGUAAAUGAGAUUGGCUACUCAGAUGUAUAGGGGCAUCUGGGGGUUCCAUUCCAUAGCUCCUUGAAAGUGGCUGCACAAAUUGAUAGGGCAUAAAGAAGGCACAUAGUACGCUUGCCUUCAUCACGCGAAUUAUCACGUUCAAGUCAGGAGUAUUCAAUUCAGCUCCAUUAUAGGAAGGAUGUAGUGGCUUUGAAGAGGAUGCAGAAGAGGUUUACCAGAAUGCUACCUGGAUUAGAGAGCAGGUGCUAUAAGGCAAGGUUGGACAAACUUGGGUUUUCUCUGGAACAAUGAAGGCUGAUAGAAGUUUAUAAGGUUAUGAGAGUCACAGAUAAACAGCUGGUAUCUUUUUCCCCAGGGUCAUAAUGUCUAAUAUAGAGGACAUGCAUUUAAGGUGAGGGGGGGAGUUCCAAGGAGAUGUGCAGGUCAGGUAUUUUUUAACACAGCAAAUUAUGGUGCUUGGAACAGGCUGCCAGGUCUGCUGUUGGACAUGGAUACAAUCGAGGCCUUUAAGAGGCCCUUAGAUAAGCACAGGAAUGUGCAGAGAGUGUAGGGGUAUCGAUCAUCUGCAGCCAGAAGGAAUUGAUGUAAUUAGGCAUCAUUAGCUUAAUUAGGGGCUGAAUGGCCUACUGUUGUACUGUAUCAUUUGAUGUUCUAAAUCCCCCUCUAUGAGAAGAAGGCAGCAAUGGGAUUGGUUGCAGCUCACGCUCAUUUGGGUGAAGGCAGGAUCAGUAUUGGCUGUAUUUCACUCCACCCACUUAAAGGAGUAAGUAGCGUUAAGAUUAGUUGCAAUUCCUCUUUUGAGCAGGACAGGAACAAGGCUGGCUGUAAAGUUUAGUGCAAAAAGUCUAGCUCAUAGUCUGCUUGUCCUUGGUGUCCCAGCUAUUGGAUGUAGAAUUAUAAUUUAGUGUUCUAAAGUCUGAUUCAGGACACUGUGAGAGGGAAGACCCUGGGUUGGUCUUUGCCUGGGAUAAGAGGGUAGGGGCUUGCACAGACCUCUUGGUGCGUGAGAUGUUGGCCAUGAUUUGUAUCUGUGUUUCGAGGAUUGGUGAUCCUGGAAGGAGCCCUGCUAUUUGUAUCAUGAUUUGUUGAAUGAACUGAUAAGCUGAUCAAUAUGGUGGGCAGGGAAGUUGCUGCUACUGUGAAGCUUGUGGCCUGGGAUCAUUCAUCAUGCAGUUGAAAGGGAGAGGCAAGGCUGACUCUUCCUGACUGGGCUGCUGAGCAGCAACUCUGGCAUUCCCCUAUCCCAACACGACAUGCUUGUGGGGUAAUCUGCUUUUGUGCACCCACUGCCCAAGAUACCAGCCUUGAAACCAUGGCCGCUGACCUGUUCCUGGCACCUGACUUUCCCUGCCUUUCUUGGCUCCUUCAGUGAUUGGCCCAAUUGCAAGCUGCUGCUUUUUUGGUGCUAUGAAGGGAGGCGUUUUCAUAGGAAGCGGCCACUACUUUUUAUAAAAUGCCUUGAAAGAGAGAGUUUAUUUUUAUAGGUGUUUAUUCAGUAUUUAUGUAUUACAGAGAAGAAGAGAAAAACACUUGUAAAUUGUAUUUGCAGUUUUUAUGUGUAUGAGUUUGUAUCACGCGGGGCAGGGGAGGGCUGUGUGUUUUUUAACAAAUUUUUUCACAGUAUAAAACUAUUGCCAUGAGUUGCAAUUUAAGGAGCGGUGUGUGUCACCAAGCAGAUGGUUCCCUGACAUGCCUGAUUUUGGUGUGAUUUACAUGGUGAAAGCUUUUUAAUAAAAGAAACAAAUUUUUAUUGUUUUGUUUUCACAGUGUUUGGAUUCUAUUUAUUCUUUGGAAACUUUGUGCAUACGAAGAGUACCGUGUACAGAUACAGAGUUAAAAAUUGCCUUGAAAUAAAUUGAAUAAAUUAUGCAGCCAAUUGUGACAGGUGCCGUGUGACCUCAGCACUCUCGUCCCAUUGCCCUCACCAUGUGCACAUGUCCACUUUUGAGUAUCGUCUGCAGAGAUUUUCCAGGUUUAGUAUCUCUGACACUUCCCUCUCUGGGUCUCUGCCUCCAUUUGGAUUGGAGGACAUGUUCCAUAAGGAGAGGCUGGACAAGUUUAGGUUGUUUUCUCUGGAGUGGCAGAACCUGAAGUGAGACCUGAUAGAAGUUUACGAUAGGCACAUGGAGGAGACACCUGGUGUCUUUUCCCCAGGGUCAAAAUGUCUGAUACUAGAGGGAAUGCAU